AUGGGGAGCAGAUCGGUGGAACAUUAUGUACGGAAAUUUUUUGAAUGGUACGGUUCUAUAAUCUACAGAUGGAAAUGGCCCCUCUUUAUUCUGCCGAUAAUUCUAUCAGCAGUUCUUUCCACCGGUUUUCUGAGGCUUCAAUCAUUGAAAGUUGAAGAUCCGGCUUAUGUAUUCACUCCACGUGAUGCCAGGUGGCGAAAUGAGUCACAAAUACUAAAAAAGUUGUGGCCAUUAAAUGAGAAUAAAUUUUUACUCGGUAAAACAUUUGAAGCUAAACGAGGAGUAUUUAUUUUGGUAAAAGCAAAAGACGGUGGUGAUGUACUUCGUCCUCAUAUACUUGACGAAGCUGAAUUACUAAAUCAGUGGGUUCUCAACAAUAUCACCAUAGAAACUUCAAAUCAUAAAUUUUUGUUAAAUUAUCAGGAUUUAUGCUUGAGCUACAAUUGGGUAUGUGGCGGUAAUGAACAUUUGCUGAUGUUAAAAGAACGAAGACGUGUUGGCGAAUAUAUUGAUUUAAAAUUUCCAAGAGGAGGCACUACGGACACACCGGUGUAUCUCGGUACAGCGUUGGGUGGUGUAACAUUGAACAGCUCAGAUAACACUGUUUUAGCAGCAAAAAUGGUUCAAUUGACAUACUUUCUAAAGCAAGAAACGGAUAUUGUCAAUUACUAUUCGUCACAAUUCGAAUAUGCUGUUGAACGAUUUUUGUUGCACAAAUAUGAGAGCGAUAUUAUUGACUUUUCUUUUGCUCAUCAAAACUCAUUGAAGGAUGGUCUACAAGAAAAUGCAAAUCAUUUUGCACCAAAUUUUGUGUUUAGUUUUGGUGUAUUAUCCGUUUAUGCAAUCGUAUUUUCAUUCACGUUUCGUGGAAAGUGGCAAAUAGAUCCAUUGCGAAGUAAACCAUAUGUAGCUUGUGCAGGUAUUCUAUCAAUUUUAUCAACUAAAAAUAAAUGUUUUCCCUAUGUUUUAGCUAUUGGUAUUGACGACAUGUUUAUCAUGAACGCUUGCUGGGAUCAAACAGAUCAACAUUUACCGCCAUCUAGGAUGUCCGAGAUGUUAGCACACGCCGGUGUCGCUGUUUCGAUUACUAAUAUAACAGACAUACUAUCGUUUGCUAUCGGAUGUAUCACUGAACUGCCCGGUAUAGAAUUAUUCUGUACAUACGCAUGUUUGUCUAUCGCUUACUGCUAUGUUUAUCAGCUAACGUUCUUUGCUGGUUUUCAAGCAAUAAUGGGUGAAGUGGAAUCUGAAGGUCGACACUGCCUACAUUUCCGCAAAACUGUUAAAUCGAACACAGAGAAGAAGAAACCAAAUAUGUUAAAUUCAGCUUUUUUUUUCUCGAUUUUUAGUGACGAAACAUCGAAGGAUAAAACGGAAAAAAUUGAGCCCACAAUUUACAAGAAAGCAAGCUUUCCAAAUUCAUCUCACAAACACCGUUCUUCAUUUCGACAUUUCUUCGGCCAUAUCUAUGGACCCUUCUUACUGAAAACUGAAAUGCGUGCUUUAGUCUGUUUAUCGUAUAUACUGUUCAUUGUGUUUGCUAUUGCAGGAUGCCUUAAUUUUAGAGAGGGAUUGAAUCCAGAAAACCUCGUAACCAACAGCCAUUAUAUUGCUGCAUAUUUUCGAGACAUGAAACAAUUUUGGAUCCAAGGUCCUCAAGUGCAUGUCACUGUGCUAAAGCCACCGAAUUUUACCGACCCAGUGCAAAGAGAGAAAAUGAUGGGUGUGGUAAAAGCAUUUGAAAACACACCACAUACGCUUGGUCGGGAAGGAACCGUUUUCUUCCUCCUAGAGUAUCUUAAUUAUUUGAACCAAGUCAAUGCAGAACUGGAAAAUACUGAGAGACUGUGGAACACAAAGUUGCGCAGUUGGUUAAAAUACACCGGUGGAAGCACACAGUGGGCAAGUGACAUCAAGUUUGAUGAAAAAGACAACUCCAUCAAAGCAUUCCGAUUUCAAGUUGCCGCAAAAAAUGUUGUUACUCCAAAUGACCAUAAGGAAAUGGCGAUACUCUUGCGCGGUAUUGCUGAUAGACAACCAUUUGACGUUCAAGUUUUCCACGAAACCUUCCCAUUUGCUGAUCAAUAUAUUAUAAUUGUCCCAGCUACUGUGCGAAACAUUCUGAUUUCGCUUGUCUGUAUGAGCAUUGUUGCUUUAUUGCUAGUGCCAAGUUUUCUUUCUUGCAUACUAAUCAUACUGUCAAUUAUCUCUAUAUGUCUUGGUAUGUUUGGUUACAUGACAUUUUGGGGAGUAAACUUGGAUGCCAUUUCAAUGAUCUCGAUAAUUAUGAGUAUUGGUUUUGCCGUCGAUCUGUCGGCACAUAUAGCCUACGCAUUUGUCACAGCAAGCGGAACCUCAAAAGAACGUGUAGCCACAGGCCUUGGGACACUUGGCUGGCCAAUAUUUCAAGGUGCAACAUCAACAAUUGCUGGCAUAUCAAUCUUAUACACCGUUGAUGCAUAUAUUAUUCUAACUUUCUUCAAAACGAUCUGGUUAACAAUGGUUAUUGGUAUGAUGCACGGUUUGGUGUUCAUUCCAGUCGCGCUUAGCUUUAUACCAAUUUCAUUCUUCAACAUCGCAAAGAAUGUCGAACUUUCGCAUUAA